AUGGCCCGCAUCAGCUAUGUCGCGUCGUUCUUCAUGCCGCUUGUUUGCUCCAGCAAAUCCUACGUCAGCCUCCUCGCGCUCCUGAACAUCGCCGCGCUCUUCGCCCUCGCCUACGUCCUCACGCAAUUGCUCGCGGCCCAGUACCAUGACCCGUCCAUGUUCCGGCCCAACAGCCAGGACUACUUCCGGACCGCGCUGCUCGGCUUCUUCUCGCCGUUUUGCCUCUACUUCGUCAAGCACUUCAUGCUCAACCUCAGCCCGCGCUUCGUGCUCGUCGGGCUGAUCGUCGACUACCCGGUCAACGACCUGUUUUGCCUGCUCAUCGUGUUCUGUCUCGCCUACCCGCAAGUGCAGGACGCGCAUUCCUACUCCCUCGACGACACCACCUGGCACAUCAUCCCGAAGCAGUCGUGCGUAUUCGGCAUCUCCUGGUCGCUGUGCGAGUUGCUGCUGUGUCUCGUCGAAAGCAUCUACGCGUACGAGGAGCUGCCUUCUCCAGAGUCCGCCCAGCGCCAACUCGAGCUGCAGCUCCGCCAGGACGAACAGGACUCCGCUCGCACCGACAUCACCCUAUCCAAGUGUGUGGACGUCAAACGCAAAUCCUCGCACAUCUCUGAAAACGUGUAUUGCCACGACCCGCCCGACUCCCCACCAGGCCCCGCGUCUGCCCUCGCCCCGGCUCCGGCCCCCGCCCCCGCAUCUACUCCUCUCCUGGAUCCUUCCUACGGUAGCAUCCGAUCCGACGACGCUGCCGCUCCCGAAAGCACCGUCGUGGUGAAUUUUAACGACAACUCCAUGUCGUUUCUACGCGACCUCGAAACUGCAGGCUCGGCAUCCCACUCUCGUACCCGCCAUAACCCUCUCUACUCCGGCAACAUCAAAUACUUCCCGGAAAUCACUUCUGUGCGUGACUUCCUCAAACAGCUCUUCUUCUCCAACCUUGUCAUCGCCAGUAACAUCUUGCUCACCGUGGGCCAGGCGCUCAUCUCCUCCAUGUACUUCAUCUACGUCCCCGGCCACGACAACCUCUUCACCUCAGCUGUCAUCUACUUCGGCUCCCGAACUUUCCCCUUCUUCUUACUUUCCGUCGUCACCCCCUUCACUUUGCUCAACUUCCUGGUACAUCUAUUACUCUUCUUCUGGAAAGAAGAUACCCCCGACUCCUACGACCCACUCACCAAGAACACUAGCAAUUUAGAUCUACGCGUACACACUUCCCAACCCCAAAGCCUUCAGUAUAUCACUUCUGAUCAACUUUUUGUGGUAAACUCCAUCUACACUCAAGAUAUGCUGGCUUCUGACGAAGACGCAGGUUUCAAGAUUUUGCACCUUUUCCGCAAAUUCAUGUCCACUUGGCGGGCCAUGGCUUCCCAUCAGAGCUUUAUUCUAGUAGGUCUCACUCUUUGGGCUACGUCGGUAUUUAUAUUUGCCAUCGUGUCCACUAUCAAGCAUUAG